CCUCUCACCACCACCACCACCCUUGCUCUCUCUUGUCUCUCCCUUCUCCUCACCCUCGGACAGGCCUGCCUGGGCGCUCUGCAGCAGAGGACGUACACACACGGCAGCAGGAGCAGAAGCAGCAGCAGGCGGACUGCCUUUUCCAUCUCCCGUCUUACACCUCACCACUUUUCUCUUUGCUAUCCUCCCUCAUCUCCUUUUCCUUUUCCUCUUUCUCUUCCCUCUUCACGCCUCUUCUCCUUCCUUCCUUCCUUCCUUCCUGGCUGGCUGGCUGCUUUCCCAGGAUGCCUUGUUCCAGGCCGCUCCGCUAGGCCCUAGCAGCAUGGGCGCAGCCUGGGUGGGGAGAGAGAGCACGGAUUGGAGCCUUCCCCUCAGGACGGGCGCGCUGGCGGGUCACCCUCCCUCAGCUUCAGAUGGGCGAGGACGCUGAGAGCCCCAAAAUCAACCACACCUUCCUGCGAGACUACGUCACUGAAGCUGAUGUCAUCUCUACGGUGGAGUUUAACCAGACGGGGGACCUGCUGGCCACGGGGGACAAAGGUGGCCGAGUGGUCAUCUUCCAGAGAGAGACUGAGUCUAAAGGGGAGUCAGAAGAGGUGGGGGAGACGGGGGACUCUGGGGAGUACAAUGUCUACAGCACGUUCCAGAGCCACGAACCGGACUUUGACUACCUGAAGAGUUUAGAGAUUGAAGAGAAAAUCAACAAGAUCCGAUGGCUGCCACAGCAGAAUGCAGCACAUUUCCUUCUCUCCACCAAUGAUAAGACCAUUAAACUGUGGAAGGUGAGUGAGAGAGACAAGAGACCGGAGGGAUACAACCUGAAAGAUGAGGAGGGACGGAUCAAGGACAUCUCUACCAUCACCUCUCUGCAGGUACCGGUGCUGAAACCCACAGAUCUGAUGGUUGAGGUACGACCCAGACGAGUGUUCUCCAAUGGACACACCUACCAUGUUAACUCAAUCUCGGUCAACAGCGACGGGGAGACAUACCUGUCUGCUGAUGACCUCCGCAUCAAUAUGUGGCACCUGGGCAUCACGGACCGCAGCUUCAAUAUUGUGGACAUCAAACCAGCCAACAUGGAGGAUCUGACGGAGGUGAUAACAGCAGCAGAGUUCCACCCUCACCACUGCCACUUGUUUGUGUACAGCAGCAGCAAGGGCACCCUGCGCCUCUGUGACAUGAGGGCCUCUGCACUCUGUGACAGACACACUAAACUGUUUGAGGAACCUGAGGAUCCAGGGAGCCGGUCCUUCUUCUCAGAGAUUAUAUCCUCUGUGUCGGACGUCAAGUUCAGCCACAGUGGACGUUACCUGCUGACCAGAGACUACCUCACCGCCAAGGUGUGGGACCUGAACAUGGACAAGGGCCCUGUGGAGACAUACCAGGUCCAUGAAUAUCUAAGGAGUAAGCUGUGUUCCCUCUACGAAAACGACUGUAUCUUUGACAAGUUUGAGUGUGUCUGGAACAGCUCAGACAGCGUGAUCAUGACAGGAGCGUACAACAGCUUCUUCCGGAUGUUUGACAGGGAGACGGGCCGAGGCGUAACCCUGGAGGCUUGGCGAGAAAGCAGCAAGCCUCGGGCUGUACUGCGGACCCGCCGUGUGUACACUGGUGGCAAGCGCCGCCGUGGAGAUGUGGGCGUUGAUAGCCUGGACUUUACCAAGAAAAUCCUGCACAUGGCUUGGCACCCAGCGGAGAAUAUCAUUGCCAUAGCAGCCACCAACAACCUGUACAUCUUCCAGGAUCGUGUCAACUCUGAGACGCAGCAGUACAUGGAUAGGUAUUGCUAGCUGUGGAAGGGGAAGGGUGAGUUGUGCACAAACCAACACUUAAAGAUUUCUGUUGUAUAUGAGGCCUGUAUUGGGUUUUGAUUGAUGUAACUUCCUUGUCGAAGUCCACAUAAAUAUGUGGUAAAUUACUGAAAAAGAGCGGGAUAUCAGCUCUCUCACAUAUGCUCUAAUUGAGGCUGAUUGGCGAUUAAAUCCAAUCUAGACAAAAGCUUAAUUUAUGUUAAGUGUUAUGCUAAUUUAGAAUGAGCAGUGUUCAUUUUAUAAUGCAUAAGCACAUUCUGAAGGAGCAUCUUACAAUCAAGAAAAAGAUGGAAGCACAUUCACAGAAACAAAAGUCGUAAAUGAGGCCCCUGAUUCAGCUAAUUUUGUUGAGUGAGGUUGUGUCCAGUUUAUUUGAAGGUCAACGGUGAUUAUCAGUGCAAUAGCUCAUUACUGUAUGUACAUUGCUGACAUGUCUUUAACAUUCAAACAAUAAUGCCAUCAUGUGAAUUCAUCAUGUCACAGAUUCGUAAUGUCAUUACGCCGUAUACCUCACAGCGCCACAUGCUACUCUGGAGUCAAAAGCCCGGGAAGGUGAUGUCUGUGUCUGACUUAAUUUUUGGUCGAGAUUUGAUUGUUUACAGUGAAGUGCUUUGUUUUUAAGUGACCUUGGCCCUGAUGGCUUAGUUGUAAGUGGUCUGGAUGUGUACUGUAGCAGGUGGAGGAACAGAAUUAGUGCAGAAACGAGGGUUGCACUUUUUUCAAAAUCUGUCUCUGUUUUAUGGAUCAACAUCAGUUUCACUGUGUAAACCUUAAGAAACCCCAAGAAAAAGACGACUGUUUAUGUAUGUGUUCCGCUUGUCUGCUCUCUCACUUUCCACCUGUUUUAGUAAAAAAAUCACUUUUCACAGUCACUUCUGCUACAGCCUGUGGGCUAGCUGCUACGUUUCGGUCUUCACUGUCCGCCGGUGUUGUUCAACGCAGACACCAUUUUGCACUGAUUGGUUCAACAACGUGUACAACAAAACAAAAUCCACAAGGACAUGGUUUACAUAGUGACAGUCAACCUGAAGCAUUAUAUAACGUCCAGGGCUCAGUCCUCCAAUGGUGAGCUGUAGUUUAGAGCAGGUCAAUUGUAAUCGUGUCAUAACCACCACCACCACCACCGCCACCACAUGCAACCAGUGAGAGGAUUUAUGUCCAGGAGCACAGCAGAAGCAGCAGCAGCAUGUUGCCAUUAUUCAAUGCUACUAGCGUGUAUAUCUAUCAUACUUUAAAAAAGACAAAUCUAACAAUACAGAAAACAUAACUCAAAUGAGGUGAAUGAAUGGAAUGUGCAUUAAUAAAAUAAUAUGAAAUCUGACCAAAAAAAAAAGUGUUGGAUUUGUUUAUGCCUGUGUCUAUAUUUAAUG